AGAAAAAAAGAAACUUGCCUGCCGAUACCGUCCCGGGCUGCUUCCCCGAGGAUGUUGGACGUGGUGGACUACACACAGUUCGAAGGGUCCCAGUAUGGCUACACGUACCCCAGUGGCAGCAUCUAUGAUUUGGACCCCUGCAAGCAAGAACUCUCUUUUCCUCCCUGCCUUGGAGACCCCGAGAGCUCCCCAGAGAGCUGUAUGAACUGGCUAGAGAUGCAGGAGCCAAAUUAUGCUGACUUCGAAGCGGGGCACUUGGCCCAGCUGCAGAAUGUCCAAGUUUCCUAUCUGCAUGGCCCUUACCCCCAGCUCUCCCUGGACGCCGUCUACAGCCAGGAUGAUAUGAUGCUCUCACAGAACAUGUGCCUCGGGUCCAAGGAUGAGUUUAAUGCUCAGAUCUACAUUCCAUAUGAACAGUAUUCUGUACCUGGGGCCGUCUCCAGCCCAUCUUCUGAGGAAGAAGAAUUUCACGUGGGCAGCCCAUCUCUUGAGGUGUCUGACAGUGAUUCUGACGAAAAUCUCUCAUCUGGGCUUGGUUCAGGGUCCUGCCGAAAGCUGCGUCUCUACCAGUUUUUGCUGGAACUCCUGGAACGUGGGGACAUGAAGGAGUGUGUGUGGUGGGUCCAGCGUGACGCGGGCAUCUUCCAGUUCUCUUCCAAGCAUAAGGAGCUCCUGGCACACCGCUGGGGGCAGCAGAAGGGGAACCGCAAGAAGAUGACCUACCAGAAGAUGGCUCGGGCCCUACGCAACUACAGCAAGACGGGUGAGAUUCAGAAGGUGAAGAAGAAGCUCACGUACCAGUUUGGAAUCUCGCUGCUGGGGAAGUCAGCUCCCUCUUAAGAGGUCCCCCUUUCCAGGAUUUAUAGGGACUUUGGACAGUCAAAUGAACAGAUAUCCCCACACACACACCCCCCAAUGUGAGUGUCUCCCCUCAGAAUCUUCACUGCUGCUUCAGGUUGGGGACUGCCCCCAAAAUUUUCUGUGAGAGGAAGAUGGACACCAGGGGGCGCCAGCUUCCAGGCUCCAUGGGUCUGAGCUUCAUGGGAGAAUUGGGGCUGCUGGAUUUUCUGGGGGGUGGAGGAAGGGAGGUGGCAUUAUACAUCAGGGAUAGGGUUGGGAAUUUGAAUUUUGGGCAGGGAGGUAGAUUUUAUCUGAAUAAUGAGGAAUUAGGAGUAAGUGUCCUAUCUCCUGAAGUCGACUUCAUAGUUUUUCUUUGGUGUGGGAAAGAGGCUGAGCGGAGGAAUAAGGUUUUAAUAGGAAAUGGAUUACAGGGUUUGACUUUCAGUGGUGAAGGGGGUUACUCUAUCAGAUGGGACUGGAGUUUGGUGGUAUUAUUGUGUGUGGGACAGAACGAGGCCAAAAUGCGGGUGGGUCAGAAGGUUCCUGUGUGCCUUCGUGGCAAACAAGUCUAAGGAUGGCUGGUUUAACAAGAAUGACAUUUUGUGAAGAUAUAUGUGGGUUGUUGGAUCUUCUGAGAGAAGUAUGAGAUCAUUUAGGUUAUCGAGGCCAACGGUACCUAUGAAAACUCCUACCUGGGAGUUUUGUAUAUAGUUCAAAUGUUUAUUUAAUACUAAGGUUUCUUUUUUUUAUCUCCAACAUUUGUACAAAUCUGAUUUAUUUUUUCAAUGGAUCUUUUCUGUAUAAAAUGUAAAUUUGAAAAUAAAGAUUUUAUGACCGUU